AUGUCCAACACCGGAAACGAGCAAGCAGGACAGGAAUCAGAAUUCGAUUUCUGGGAUUUUGUCAACUGCUCUGUAUGUCAUCUCCCGUUCACAUCAAGCGACCGCGGACCACCCGUUCCAUUUUGGAUCACAGAAUGCGGCCAUGUUCUUUGCAACAAUCAUCUCAAGCCGGAUCAGAGUUGUGCACAAUGCAACGCCCAGAACAUACAGCUGGUACCCCUACACCGAGAUCUGGAACCCCCAAUGUCAGACUGGUUUAGGCCUCUCCCUUAUUCACUGGACUCGAUAGCGAACGCUGUGAAAUUCCAACAAGACACAUUCGCUGGUCUCAUUCGUUAUUAUCGGCAAUCUUGUUCCCAUCUUAGCCAGACGUGCGAACGUAUUCGAGCGGAGAGAAAGGCCCUUCGAAAGUUCAACAGAGAAGUUGACAGUUUGCGGCGAGAGGUGGAGCGCCUACGCCGGUGUGCUCCUGGCUUCGACCCCGCUCAUGCUCAAGAACCCUCAUCUUUCUCCAAUGCGAAUGGCAAGCGUCCAAUGACUGAUGUCCGCGAGUAUAACCACGCAGCCAGUUUCAAGGCAAGCUCCAGCCCAAGGUCCAUCGUCACCCCAAUCGGACCAAAUAGAAUCACCAUGCCGCUUGGGGAACAACAAAAUUUCACGCGUCAAGAUCAUGGACGAAUUCCAAGCCAGACACGUCAACCGGAACGACCUGGCACGAGUCGUUUUGCGGAGUAA